AUGGCGUUCGGUAGCGAUGCUGGUAAGCUGCCAAAAGCGCGGCCUCGAGAUGGUCUACAGCUUCGGCCUUUGAAUGUCGAGAAAGGGUCCAAAAGAUACUGUUCCGCAGAUGAUACCUUCCCUCCUCAGACCGCCACUUGGAGGAACAACUUGAUGGCGCUUUCCCAACGCCGAAACUUGUUGUUCGUCGCCUGUAGUCACCAAAUCUAUGUCUGGGAGCCAUCAGGGUCGUUUCAGACGCUGGGAAACAAACCCGAAAUGAUAAUAACUCCAGUAAUGAAAGUGCCUCAUGCUAGCGGCUAUAUUGCACCAGCUUCGCCACAUGCAAUCAACAAUCUCCUUGUGGAUGAUUUAGGUCGAGACGAGGUCCUGUUACUUGUCACUGAUUCCGGCAACGUCUGCGGUUACCGGGUCGAGGCCAUCUUCUCUGCCUUGAAGCGAGCGGCAGAAAAUAAGGAAGAGCGUCCCCUCGAUGGAUCCCAGGUGGAUCCGUUCUUUGUGGAAUUUGUUCAAGCUAGUGCCUGGGGCCUGGCUAUCCAUAAAUUCGCCCGCCUCAUUGCAGUGAGCGCGAACACGGGUCUCAUAACCGUUUUUGCCUUUGCACUCGUGAAUCCCACUUCGGAUAGCAGUAGCUCGAGCUAUCACCCAGACGAAGAUGAUGAUAUGAUCGAUUACGGCCAGACCUGGCUGGAGGUCAGGACUAAGGACCAGUUCAAUCAGCUGCGGCAUCUGAUGCCAGCCAGACACCGCACACGAAAUGUCAAGCUGACUUAUACCGGCCAUUACGCUAAUAUCCCUUGUGUUGAUUUCUUGAAGUGCGAUCUCGACCCUAACGGCAAUUGGAUGGUCAGCACAGAUAUCGACAAUAGGCUGCUUGUAUGGCGGGUAUGGGAUAGUCUUGGCCCAUUCAACGUUAAUCACUUCAAUGAUGUCUCUUUCAAGUUCUUCCCAGAGACCCUACGUUCUGAUGAGCGUGGCUGGUCUGUAAUUGCCCUCGACCCGCGGACCUUCCAUCGUGUUAAGUCUACUGAAGAAGCUUGCGGUGGCCCACCCAUUCGCCGGGCAAAGAACGGCCGGACCGUUUAUGACCUGACGAGAGCGAACAGUCGGAUACCGAACGCUUCGCAGAUAUACAACUUCUUCCCACCCGCAGUGAAGAUCGAGUCAGAGGAACCUGUUUUGCCCGACAUAUUUGGAGCCGACUGUUGCAUCAGCAGACGAAACGGCGCCUCCCAGGCUGCUUUUGCUGACGGCACUUCAGCGGCACUUCGUCGGUAUCCAAGCGAUGGCGCGUCUGCAGAAUUUCUCGAUGCCAACGGCUUGUCCACGGCCACGGGAAAUAUUCGUCCCUCUGAUUUUGCCGACACAUUCAGCCACCGAGCCGUCAACGGGUCUGUAUAUGGCGACAACUUGAGCCGCGACGGCUCCGAUGUGGAUGUUGGGGCGCAUAAUGCAGCAGGCCCGGGUCCCUUGACCACACCGGAGUUCCUUCAAUUCGCACUUCUCGAGGCUCUUGGCGGCGAAGCUCCCGGCACCGAAUUCUAUGAGGACGAAAUAGAUUAUUACCUGGCUGGAGGCACUUACAGUUCCGAUCAUGAGCUGGAUAAUGCCGACAGUAGUUCCUCCUACAAUAGCGAUACAUCAGCAGCGGGACCUAUCCCAUACCCACUACUCGACGGUUCCCGAUUUCCCAUCCUACACUUCUCACAGACAGACAUCCGUUUGAUACCCCAUCCAUUUGCAAACUACGCCACAGCCGUCUGCGGCGACCCUCUACGACAACCCUUCACCCACCCCGUCGUCUCCAUCCGAGCCUGCGAUCGCUUCAACAUGGUCAAGUAUGUCCCAGAACAUGGCAUCGUGAUCGCCGCAUCCCAAAAAGGCCGCGCAGCCGUCAUAGCCCUCACGGAAUCCGAAACCACUGGCAUAUCAUUCCGAGUCGACUGGAUCGUACCACUCGAGAGCCAAGAAAAAUACGGCGACCGUCCUCUCAUCCCCAUCUUAGGAAUGUGCGUCAGUCCCAUCCAAGGUUUCGAAUUUCCACCAGACGUGCCCUACAUCCCCCGCGACGUCAAGCCCGACGACCUCGCCUUCCAGUUCAAGUACCUAAGUCACGACGAACACAACUCCUCCCUAUCAAGCAGCGUCAUGCUACAACAGAAUUCCUUCAACGAAGAACUCAACAACUCCGAAGUCGAUCCCAGUGAAACUGCCGCUGCCGAUGACGACAGCCCCCAACCACCCCCGCUCAGCUUACCUGAAUGCCACGCCCGUGCAAGUAGUGCCUACCAACCCGAGGAAAGUUGGCGCGGCUGGAACCCAUCGCGCCAUUACCGGCUCAUGCUCAUGUACGCAGACCACACCAUCAUGAGCUACGAGUUCUGGUAUAAGUGGAACACUACAGAUAGUGGUCCAAACGGGCAGAAUCUCGACGAGGAAGAUGAUAUUCUCCUUGUAUAG